AUGGUAUUGACGACCAGCACCAAUUUGACGGGUAGCAUUUCGCCCAACACCAAUUGCAACAAUACGCCCAGUUUUACCGCCCUGGCCCUGCCAUCGCCCACACCCGCUGCGGCCAACAACUGCAUCAAUGGCGGUGCGAACAUGAAAAAUUCCACCAAACGCGAUGUUAUUGUCCGGCCAAUUCGUUGCUUAAUUAACGGCUGUGCCCGCGGUGCUGAACUAACAGUGGCUGCGCCAUUCAAAAUACCCACCCACUGGACGAGGAUGUUACGAAUGACCAGCAGUCCGAAAAUAAUGAUUGAUGAUUUGUUACAGGCGGCCGAAGCCGGUAACUUGGAUGACUUCAAAAGUCUAUAUCAGGCCGAUAAUACACGUCUCCUGCUGCAGGAUGGCAAAGGACGAACAGCCGCCCAUCAGGCAGCCUCAAGGAAUCGAGUGAAUAUUUUACGCUACAUAAGGGAUCAAAAUGGAGAUUUCAAUAUUAAAGACAAUGCCGGCAAUACACCCAUACACAUGGCUGUGGAAUGUGAUUCACGUGAUGCCUUGGAAUUUUUAUUGUCAAUACCCGUGGACACCAGCAUCCUGAAUGACAAGAAACAGGCGCCCGUUCACCUGGCCACCGAGCUGAAUCGCGUGGAAGCGUUACGCGUCAUGGGCAAAUAUCGCAACGUCAUCGACAUCCAACAGGGCGGGGAACAUGGACGCACCGCCCUGCACUUGGCCGCCAUCUAUGACCAUGAGGAGUGUGCCAGAAUUUUGAUAACUGAAUUUGAUGCAUGUCCACGUAAAGCCUGCAAUAAUGGUUACUAUCCCAUACACGAGGCGGCCAAAAAUGCCAGCUCGAAAACUAUGGAGGUCUUUUUACAGUGGGGAGAACAACGUAAUUGCCCACGCGAAGAGAUGAUAUCCUUUUACGAUUCAGAGGGUAAUGUACCGCUGCACUCGGCUGUCCAUGGUGGCGAUAUAAAGGCCGUAAAGCUAUGCCUGAAGUCGGGAGCGAAGAUAUCGACGCAACAGCAUGAUUUGUCAACACCCGUACAUUUGGCCUGUGCACAGGGUGCCAUUGAAAUUGUCAAGCUAAUGUUUUGCAUGCAACCGGAAGAGAAAGCGGUCUGUCUCAGCCGUACCGAUGUUCAGAAGAUGACACCCUUGCAUUGUGCCUCAAUGUUUGAUCAUCCGGAAAUUGUCGAGUACUUGGUUAAGGAGGGAGCCGACAUCAAUGCCUUAGACAAGGAACAUCGAUCACCGUUAAUGUUGGCCGCAUCGAGGGCUGGUUGGAAGACGGUACACGUUUUAAUACGCUUGGGCGCCAACAUCAGCAUCAAAGAUGCCUGUUCACGUAAUGUCCUACAUUUGGUCAUCAUGAAUGGGGGUAGUUUACAGGAAUUUGCCGAAGAGGUAUCAAAGACCCAGUCACAGGCUCAAUUGGAACAGUUGUUGAAUGAGAAGGACAAUACGGGAUGUUCACCGUUGCACUAUGCCAGUCGCGACGGGCAUAUACGUUCGCUGGAGAAUCUAAUACGUUUGGGUGCCUGCAUCAAUCUCAAGAACAACAACAAUGAGAGUCCAUUGCAUUUUGCCGCCCGCUAUGGACGUUAUAACACCGUCAAACAGCUGCUCGAUUCGGAAAAGGGUUCUUUCAUAAUCAACGAAAGUGAUGGUGAGGGUUUGACACCCCUGCAUAUUGCCUCGCAGCAGGGUCACACCAGGGUGGUUCAGUUGCUGUUGAAUCGUGGAGCCCUGCUGCACAAGGAUCACAACGGCAGGAAUCCUCUUCAAUUGGCAGCUAUGUCGGGUUAUACCGAGACCAUUGGCCUAUUGCAUUCGGUGCACUCUCAUCUGCUGGAUCAGGUGGAUAAGGAUGGGAACACUGCCCUCCACUUGGCCACCAUGGAAAACAAGCCUCGCGCCAUUUCAGUAUUGCUCUCAAUGAACUGUAAACUGCUCUACAAUCGCAUGGAUCUGAGUGCCAUCGACUAUGCAAUUUACUAUAAAUAUCCGGAGGCAGCAUUGGCCAUGGUUACCCACGAAGAGCGAGCCAACGAAGUCAUGUCCUUAAAAUCGGACAAACAUCCGUGCGUGACACUGGCAUUGAUAGCAUCGAUGCCCAAAGUGUUUGAAGCAGUCCAAGAUAAAUGCAUAACAAAGGCAAAUUGUAAAAAGGAUUCCAAGAGUUUUUAUAUUAAGUAUUCAUUUGCCUUUUUGCAAUGUCCAUUCAUGUACGACGACAUGGAUGAGAAAAACGGUGAAAAUGCCAUACCAUUGCCGGCCUUAAAUACUAUGGUAAAUCAUGGACGUGUCGAACUUCUCGCCCAUCCGCUGAGUCAAAAAUACUUGCAGAUGAAAUGGAAUUCCUAUGGCAAAUAUGUGCAUUUGGCCAAUUUGCUGAUCUAUUCCAUAUUUCUGUUAUUCGUAACCAUCUACUCGUCCCUGAUGAUGAACGGUGUAAAGGUGCAAAAUCGUCCGCCUAGUGAGGGCUUCAAUUACAGCAGCUUUAACUGCUCGGUCAACUUCACCGGCCGACCAUCGAAUGACAGCUGGUAUCAGGAGUGUUUCGAAAGUAUUGAACAUUCACCGGCCAUUGUAUUUUGCGCCUUUGUCAUAAUUGCCUACAUCAUCGGCUUUUCGUUCAAAGAUCUAUUUCAAAUCUAUCAACAGCGUCUGCAUUAUUUUCUGGAAACCAUUAACAUUAUCCAAUGGAUCCUCUACAUAUCAACAUUGAUUAUGAUCUUGCCCAUUUUCAAGUCGGACAGUAGCAUUACAAAUGUCCACUAUUCCGCGGCAUCGAUAUCGGUAUUUUUCUCGUGGUUUCGUUUGCUGUUGUUUUUGCAGCGAUUUGAUCAGGUGGGAAUAUAUGUGGUCAUGUUCCUGGAGAUCCUUCAAACCCUGAUCAAAGUCCUAUUGGUAUUCUCAAUACUGAUAAUUGCUUUUGGUUUGGCUUUCUAUAUCCUGUUGUCGAAGAUCAUAGAUCCCCAACCAAAUCAUUUGAGCUUUUCCAAUAUACCCAUGUCAUUGCUGCGAACCUUUUCAAUGAUGUUGGGUGAACUGGACUUUGUGGGAACCUAUGUCAAUACCUAUUAUCGUGAUCAAUUAAAAGUUCCUGUAACAUCAUUUUUAAUAUUGGGCAUCUUCAUGAUUCUAAUGCCAAUAUUGCUCAUGAAUUUACUCAUCGGUUUGGCGGUUGGUGAUAUUGAGUCGGUGCGACGUAAUGCCCAGCUAAAGAGGCUGGCAAUGCAGGUUGUUCUCCACACCGAAUUGGAACGCAAAUUACCCAAAUUGUGGCUGCAAAAAAUCGAUAAAAUGGAAUUAAUUGAAUAUCCAAAUGAGACGAAAAGUAAAUUGGGUUUCUUCGAUUUCAUAUUGAGAAAAUGGUUUUCGAAUCCCUUUACCGAUGACAGUUCCAUGGACAACUUACAGUUCGACAACAGCGAAGAUUAUCUCAACAGUGAAUUGGAGAAACAUCGACGUAAAUUGCGUGAAAUAACACGCAUACUCGACCAGCAGCAUAAAUUGCUGCGUUUGAUCGUACAGAAAAUGGAAAUCAAAACCGAAGCCGAUGAUGUGGAUGAAGGUGUGUCACCGAACGAUUUGCGUGACAGCAAUGGUCGCAGCAGCACAAGCAGUGGUUCACGUUGGACAUCGCCACGCAUACGCAACAAAUUGAGAGCAGCAUUAACUUUCAAUAAGGGUAUAUAGGAAUUAAGGAAACAUAGAAUGGUCGCAAUGGAAAUUGUUUAGAUUUAGCGCGGGGGAACAACGGAAUGGUAUCGUAGAUAAUUCAAAUAUUUUUUUAUAAGGAAAAGAAGAAAAAAAGUUAUAAUUUUUUGUAACUUUUAACUCAAGGAACAAAAAAGAAAAACAGAACAAUUUUUUUCAAAUGAAAAACUAUUUUUGCUAUUAAGAAUAUUUCGAGAAAAAACAAAUAACAGAUUAGUUAUAGGGUAUAGAGAUAAAGGGUCACUGCAAAUGUGACCGAAUAUUUUGUUAGGAAUUUAUCGGUAAGGUUUCAUGAAGAAUUUGAAAAGCGCAAUUAAUGAUUUUAAUUUGAUUUGUUUUC